ACUGGUUCCCUUAAGGAAAGACGCCGAUAUCUUCACGCUAAGAAAGAAACCCAGAUACAGGAAAGACAAGAAUACUGGAGAUACAGCACGGGACUUACCUCGAUGCUCGAGUAAUCGCAGGUUUCAAGUAAUUCAAUGACAUAUUGAUUGGACUGGUGCUACCCUAGAAUGCUGCUUUUGGUGUCUUCCUGCCUUCUGGUUGCUAUGGUGACAGGCUCACCAGGUGACAGGUCAUAUGUGUACCAGAAAUGCCUGAACAAUUGUAAGCAGAGAAACUGCUCAGAAGAAGGAUUAAAAAUAUUCAGUUCCCGGCAGCCCCCUGUUGAGCGACUGAUAGGCUGGAGUUGCCAUGACGACUGCAAGUAUGAGUGUAUGUGGCAGGCUGUGGAUGCAUUCAAGAAAGAUGGACUCGAUGUGCCACAGUUCCAUGGCAAGUGGCCAUUUGUGCGUCUGUGGGGGGUACAGGAGCCCGCCUCUAUGCUGUUCUCCCUGAUCAAUGGACUGGCCCACCUGAGUAUAUUCUGGUACCGCAGUCGAGUGCCCACCUCAACGGCCUUGUACUACGUGUGGCAUGUAGCUGCCAUUAUGGCUAUGAAUGCUUGGGCUUGGUCUACAGUUUUCCAUACUAAAGAUACAGAGUUUACUGAGAAAAUGGACUACUUCUGUGCCUUUUCCAUUGUCGUCUUCAACACGUUCACCCUAGCCUGUAGAACAUGGCUGUUUUAUUUCAGAGUACUUGGCACAGAGAAAAGAUGCCGUAUUGCAGCCAUAGGUGCCUGCUGUCUGUGUUUCUUUGUGCAGCAUAUAUCAUACCUCUCAAUUCAUGGCUUUGGCUAUGGUUACAAUAUGAAAGUGAACAUUGCAGUCGCCCUGUUUAACAUGGUUGGCUGGCUGUAUGUGUGCUAUAAAGUACGUAAACCCUUCAUCUGGAAGGCAGUAGCCUCCAUAGUCGGCAUACAGGCGUUACUGGCGUUGGAGUUGGGUGAUUUUCCACCUAUACUCUGGACCUUUGAUGCCCAUGCUCUGUGGCAUGCUGGGACAUGGCCUCUCUGCUUUUUGUGGUAUAGUUUUAUUAUUGAUGACAGUCUAGAGAUGGUCAAACAGAAGGCUUAUGGAACUCUACCCCAGGCUCUGAAGAUUGAUUGAGCACAAGGGGCACAACUAUUGAUUGAGCACAGAGGAAACAACUAUUGAUUGAGCACAAGGGAAACAACUAUUGAUUAACUCAAGGGACACAACUGUGAUAUGGAUCUUUAAGUAUCUCAAGGGACACAUCUCAUGUAGAGAGGUGAACUGUGCAAGAACAAUGUGAUGUGUAUUCAGUGUAUAUUUUAAUAUUAUUCUAAAUUAUCUUGAUUUGAUUUUAUGAGCCUUGUCUUAAGAAAAUAGGAUUGAUGCAUGUGCGUAAGGUUCUAACUGGAUUUUUGCAUACUUCCUUUAAACAAAAAAUACCAUAAAAGCAAAAAAGUGCUGUCCCUGAUUAGCCUGUGUGGACAGUACAGGCAAAUCUGGGGAGACGCUUUACGUACAUGCAUAUAACCCUGUGUUUCCAGAGCUUAUCUAGAUGAUACUUUUCUUUGACCGUUUUUGCGCCUGUGGGGGGUAAAAGAGCCCGCUUCUGAUCAGGGACAUUUUCCUCCUAAACUGGAGUUUCGUGUGGAUGCACAGGCUUAUCUUGGCCAACACUUUUUGCACAUGCAUUAAGUCCCUUUUUCUUAGAGGGGUGUAUUUUUAAGGAAAAGUUUGCAUUUAUAUUAGUUUUUGUAUAGGCACUAUUAUGUUGAAAAUUGUUCUGUUCUGUUUGCCUACUGCUUACUUUACCAAAAGUAUUGAUCUAUAUCAUUGAUGCGUUUACUCUUUACUACAUGAAUUCAGAACAAUAUUGAAUCUGCAAGCAUUUUAAUUGAACAAACUUUUAGCGCCAGGUAUUUAAGGUUUAGCUUCAAAUGUUGUUGUCUGUUAUAAUGGUGAAUACAUUUACUGUAUAAUGCUCAAUUAUUUUUUGUGUAAAGGGCAUUUGAAAAUAAUGUUUGAAUGAAGAGCAAAAUGAUUUCAUUGAUCAUGUAUUUCAAUAAAUCUUAUAGAGGUAACAUUCCAUAAUAUCAUACUUUAUCUUACAACUAAAUUAUUUUGUAGGAGUUAAAAUUGGGUUUCAGAUAAACUUGAGGGCAAGGUUUAUCCAAUACUCAUAAACAUUCUUUUGACAGACUACUUUUAUGAAUGACAUUUUUCUUCUAGCGUUCUUUAAAAUCAAUGGAAGUAAUACAAUAGCCAUUUAUUUUUUCAAUUUGACUAGAUAUAACUAAUGUAUACAUAUCAAAUCAAUGUACAGUAUAAUAAUAAUAGCCGUACAUUAUCAACUCAAUAAGGCGUUUCUAUUAAUUGGUUACUUGAAUACAAAACAAAUAGUCAAACUUCAGACACUUGUGUCUGUGCCUUUUGAAAUGCAGUUACAUUAAACUAAGACACGUUUUAGGUGUUUUGGAUGAAUUAUAAUAAAAUGUGAAUACAAGUGUUGAAUAUAUGGCUCGCAUGAAACCAGCGAUAUUGCAUUGUAGAUUUCUUUAACUCAUAUAUGCCUAGCGUCUAGAAAAAAAGCCUUGGCAAACAGCGUAGACCCAGAUGAGAUGCCGCAUCAUGGGGCGUCUCAUCAGGGUCUGUGCUGUUUGCUUAAAGGAAUUUCUGUAAGAAAUAUUCUAAAUAUAGAAACAAGAAACCGUCGGAGACGGAUGAUGCUCCCCAAAGGUUUUUUUGUCACAAUAUUGCACUAUAUAUUCAGAUAAAAGGAAACGUCUUGAGGGCACAGUAGUUGGGGGGACAAUAAUGUUGUUAUAGAAAAUUUAAAAGGACCAUAACUCUGUGAAAAAUCAUAUGACCAGAACCCGCUGAUAAUAUGCACAUCUCCUCUUGGUAGUGAAGCUUUCCAUAAAGUUUCAUUGAAUUCCGGUCAUUAGUUGCUGAGAAAUAGCCGGGACAAAAAUUGUGCACGGACGGACGCACACACGCACGGACAGACGAAGCGGCAACUAUAUGCUACCCCGAAUAUAAAUUUUGGGGGAGCAUAAUAAGUAUACUAGACAUCCCUAAUUUUGGAAAUAAAUUGAUCUUAUUUAGAAGGAUGGGAGAGUCCACUAGGCAUAAAUGGGUUAAUACUGUAGAAUUUUAUCACAUUAUGAUAUGUUUAAAAAAAAGUUGUGUGGAAAAACUGAAGGAUUAGUUCCAGAGACCUGAACCAUGUAUUUUAUUUUAUAAUUUUUGCGCACAGUUCAUUUACUUUUUGCAUGCGGACAAUUAGAAUUUAGCCAACCAAAUUGUCUGUGGACAAGUCAAAAAAUUUAAUUUAGGAAACCAAAUUUGCCCUUGGUGAAACGAGAAAUCAGGUUAGACAUUUUUUGUCUGUGUUCUGUGCUGAUUCUUUAUUUUAAUCAAGGCAUUUAGAAACAUUUAGUCUGGGUUAUCUCCUAUUUUAUGGAAUUUUAAAGGAUUAUUGUCCCCUACCGGUGAAACCGGAGGGGACCUAUGGUUUGUGCUCUGUCUGUCAGUCUGUCUGUCACACUUUUCUGGAUCCUGCGAUAACUUUAAAAGUUCUUCAUAUUUUUUUAAUGAAACUUGAAACAUGGAUAGAUGACAAUAUGGAGAUUAUGCAUGUCAUUUCAUUUUGUUCCUACGUCAACAAUUCUGGUUGCUAUGGCAACAAAUAUAUAUAAUAAUAAAAAAUACUGACAAUGGUGGAGUUUCACCGGAAGGGGACAAUAUUGCUUGGCAAUCUCUUGUUUUAAGUGGUGUAUAUUGUGAAAAAAUCCCAAAAAAUUGUAUUAUGACUACGCAAUGUGAGAUUGAGUUAAUUUCAGCCGUUUUUGGAAAUGUUUUAGCAAUAUAAUGCUUAUAUGCUCAAAAAUAAAGAAAAUUGUAAAAGUGUAAAGAAAAAAUUAAGUAAGUUUCUUUGAGUUCUGGAAUUAUCUGACAAAACCUCGCUGUGUAAACCUUUCUUUUAACCCUUUCCCUUUCAGAAGCAAAGUGAAAAUGGCUAUGUGAGUAACUUGCAGUCUGUUCAGGUCUUAUUCUGUUUGCUGCUCAUCAGUAUCAAAGGGUUGGAAAUGCAGCCUUAAAAUUUGAAUCUAAGGGACUACACAUGCGUAAAAAUAUGUAUCUACGUGGGAAAGGGUUAAAUACGUAUCUAAGGCGGAAAGGGUUAAAUACGUAACUAAGUGGGAACAGGUUAACUAGUUGGAUAAAUUCAAGGACACAAAGACACUAACCUAAUAUGCACUGUAUCUCAAUUUACAAAUUUUCACAUAAUAACUUUGCUUAAAGUCUCAUGUAAGCAGAUUUUAAUCUAGAGAGUUAAGUUAGUUGUUUAAACUCAAACGUUUGACAGCACAUUGAUAGUUGAAACUUAGUUCAUCUAUGUAAAUUAUUAUGAUUGUCUCGUAUAAAACAACUCAAUUACAUACUCUCCAAUUGUAAUUCUAGCAUAAUAUAGCUCACUGUUCAAUAUACAAUAGAGAAAAUAUCCUUAUAAUUAUGCAGAAUUUGACUUACACUGUCUGGAAGAUCAAAUAAAUUGUAUGUCUGUAUUGUUGUUUUGUGGAAGCUAAAUACAUGUAUUUAGUGUGAUUUAUUCCCGCCACAGAUUUAACCGUGGAAACAAACAUUUUCUAUUAUGGUAACAAGAAUAAAAAAAAAGAACAAAAAAGUUGCUCCAAACAGGAUUCAUACCCAAAGAAUGAAACGGCUUACAUAUAAUAACCACUUAGCCAUUGCAGUAUGUGGGGCCUUAACCCUUGACCACUCAGAUAUGUAUUUUGACGCAUUUGUAGUCCCUUCAACAGUUAAAUUUAAGUAAAUACUUUAUUAUAAGUUCAAGUUUUAAAGGCUUCAUGUCCAACCCUUACAUACUGAUAAGCAGCAAACAGCAUAAAAUCUGAAAAGACUGCGGGUUACUCAUAGGCUGUUCUGCUUUUAUGCUGGUUGCAAAAGCCAUUUUCACUUUGCUUCUUAUGUUGGAAAGGGUUAAUCACUGUCAGUAAAAGCUCUAGUUUGAAAUAUUUGACUGAAGUUUGAAAGUUUGUCAGUUCAAUAUUCUGUGAGCAUGUCCCUUUAACUCGUUGCAGUAUUCAACCUUAAACCGUUUGCAUGCUGGGAAAUUUGUCGUCUGCUAAAAUGUUGUCUGCUGAAAUUCUAAAAUUAGCAUUUUCUUCGAUUUAGAAUACUAUCAGAAUAGCAAACAGUUUGGAUCCAGAUGAGACACCACGUUUUGUGGCAUCUCAUCUGGAUCCAAACUGUUUGUAAAGGCCUUCAUAAUUCGGUUCCAGCUCUGAAAGAGUUAAAAAACAAUUUGCUUAAUGUUGUUUGUUUUGUACUUUUGUAUUGUUUUUUUACAGUUUGUUGUGUGUGUUAUUGUGUUGCAUAUUUUGAAGAUUUAUUAAGAUUUUAUUAAUAUUAAACUUAUACAAGUAAACAUGUGAAAAACUAAACAAUUUUGUUUUAUUUGUAUACUUUGAAAUGCAGUUGGUGGUGUCAAUAUUGUGUACUUUGUGAUAAUUCUGUAGGAAUUUGGCUCAGAUGUACGUCUACUCUCUCAGUCGAUUGUUUAUUAAAAGAAUCAAUGAUUAAUGGUCUUAAAAAAUGACGAGAUGCAAACUUGUGCUUGAGGAUUCACACAAUAUAACAUGUGUUAAAUUUGAAACUUUUUAUAAAAAGCAAUGCCUGUCAAAACCAUGUUGAGUCUGUUGUCAAACACAUAAUUCAUUAUUUGUAAUUAUUUUCAGCUCACCACGAACAGAUUUCGUGAUCACCUUUGUUUGUUGUAUGUCAUAAACAUUAACUUUUACAAGGUAAACACUCUAUAGAGGCCACAUUUAAUGUCCAAUCUUAAUGCAACUAGGUCAGCACAUUUGUUCCAAUGGUAUCUCAGCAUAGGUAGUUAAAAAAUUGUGUCGUGUAAAGGCGAACAAUAGGUCAAUAGGUAGUAUUAGAGGAAAACUUGUUAUUGCUAAAAGUUAACCUUUGGUCCAGUUAUAAUGAAACUUGCCGCAAACAUUUUUUUCUAUUGAUAUCUCAAUUUAGUUUGAAAAUGUUUUUUCUGUUGAAAAAAAUUAAGGCCACCAAGGGGCAGGGCAGUUUUCCGUAUAUGGCUAUAUUGAACCCUUUAUACUCUCUGAAAGUGACAUUUACUGGUAUUGUCCAGUCAUCAUGAAACUUGCAAAAAACAUUUAUUCUAAUGAUAUCUUGGCCAAAUUAAAAAAUUGUUCCGGUCCAUUAAAAAACAUGGCUGCCAAAGGGCAGGGCACUUUUCCUAAUAUGGCUAUAAUAGAGUUUUGAAAUGUUGUGCACAAAGCUCAAGUCAGUAAGGCCUGCCCAAGGUCAAGGUUAUGGUUAAAGGUCAAAAGUUUGAGCCCUUUGCGUGUCUAUUCCAUAUCUCCAUUACCCAUUGAGGGAUUUUUUUUCAAACUUGGUGAUUGGAAGAUGUGUAGAAGGCGAGAGUCAGUCACGCCAACUCAAAAUCAAGGUCGCCCCUUCAAGGUCAUUACUAUUAGUCAUGAACUUGAAACUUCAUAGGUAUGUAGGUACAUGUAUGUAUAUCUCAUUGAGAGAAGUGAAGUGCACAAGAACAAUAAAGCUUGCUCUCGUAUUUUUUAA